AAUGAAUCCAGUCAGAGUAUUUCCAUUGAAAUUCAACGAAUAACAAAAUACUCAAAGUACUUCAAAUUCCCCAUAAUUAAAGAAAAAGCAGAUUCCAAAAGUACUGGAAAAACCAUUGCUUAUAAAUAUGUCUCCCAUUUAGUAAAAAUCAAAAUUCAUUGAAGAAACGGACAAUCACCAAUCAAGAGUAAAUUUAAUGUAAAACGAUUAAAUUUUAAUCCUAAAUAAGAUGACAAAUUUUAAUUUGUAUUAAAUUAUAAGAUUUUCAUAGACCUAAUACUAAAGACCAUCUUAAUCAAUUAGUUAAUCCCCAAAGAAGAGAGUUAUUAAUGGAGUAAACAAUAAUGAAGUAUUAUCAAUCCAUAAAUAGUCAUUAUCUCCAAUGAAACUACCUAAUCUACGAAAAGCAGACACUUAAUUAAAUAACAAUUUACUAAUCAAAGACAAUACGCUUUACGAAAUGAAAAGUUCCAAAAGAAAAGAUACAACAACAGAUGGAACCUCUUCAGUAAAUCGUUUUCUUAAACAUAUUAGUAAUAAAUUAGAGGAUCAAUUUUUAAAUUGAUUUCUGAUGCUACUAAUUCUAAUUCAAGACCUUCAGUAUCAAGGAUGAAAUUGGCAUCUUAAACUAUUGAUCAAGAAAUUAUACCAAAAGUAUCUUCUCAAAUGGUUAUGUUACAUGGACGAUCAUCAAGUUAAGCUACUUUAGUAAAUACAUUUGUCCUUGAUGAUUAAAUGCAAGAUUAUGUUAAUUUAUAUUAUUCCAAGUAUUUUUAAUCAAUAUUAGAUCGUAACCUGGUUAAAAUGGAUAAGGAUAAGCUAAAACUAAUUAAGACAGUAUUAUUGUUACUAAUAAUUUGGGUGGAAUUAUAAAUAGAUACAUAUUUUCAGUUUGCGAUGGCCAUGGUGUUUAUGGACAUUAUGUGUCGUAAUUAGUUAAAAAAUUAUUACCAAAUAUCAUAGAUUAAUAAAUAAAAUCAACUAUUGGAAUUUAAGAAAAAGACAUAAGUGAGAAUCAUUAUACUGAUAUAACUAAAGUAAUGACUUAAAGCUUUUUGAAAAUGCAAAAAGAUUUAUCAAAUUGUGGAAUUGACACAACAUUUAGUGGAACAACUUGUUCUUUAGUUUUAGUUUCAGGACCUCAUUUAUGGUGUGCCAAUAUAGGAGAUUCAAGAUCUGUAAAUUAAUUUUAAAAUAAACUUUUAGAUAUUAAUAUAGUAAUAAAAUAAUUAGAAAUGGAAAACCAUUGAAUUAAGCAACGAUCAUAAACCAGAUUUACCAAAUGAAUACAAAAGAAUAAUAUCUUUAAAGGCAGAGUUUAACCAUUCAUCAGUGAAAAUGGGGAAUUGAUAGGACCACCAAGAGUAUGGUUGUUACAUGAUUAAAUUCCAGGAUUAG